CUUCGAUUAGACAGUCAUAGAGACGAUAUCGCUAUCGACAAGGAUGGCCGAGGAGAUCACAAGAGCGAUGGCGGCAUCGACCGUACAGGGAUCUUCGUCGGCACCAGAUGGCGCUCAGCCAGUAUCGGCAGAGGCGACCGUCGCCGCACAGGGUGCUUCGGCGCAGAGGGUGACUCCCUGGGACGUGGAAGGUGCGACGGUCGACGGCGUCCAGGUGGCCAUCGACUACGACAAGCUUAUCCAAGAAUUUGGAACUCGGCACAUUGAUCCUGCGCUGUUGGAGCGCUUCGAAAAGGUGACCGGCUGGAGGCCGCACCCUCUGCUCCGGCGCGGCACCUUCUUCUCGCACCGGGAUCUCGACUACAUCCUGACUCGUUAUGAGCAGAAGAAGCCCUUCUACCUCUACACCGGCAGAGGACCGAGCUCGGACAGCAUGCAUCUUGGCCAUCUCGUACCUUUCCUUUUCACCAAGUGGCUGCAGGACGUGUUUGAUGUGCCGCUCGUCGUCCAACUGACCGACGAUGAGAAGUUCCUCUUCAAGCCUGCGCUCAAGCUCGAACAGGUGCACAAGUUCGCCUUUGAGAACGCGCGCGACAUCAUUGCAUGCGGCUUCAACCUCGAAAAGACAUUCAUCUUUUCCGACCUCGACUAUGUCGGCGGCGCCUUCUACCACAACAUUGUCCGCAUCGCACGCACCAUCACCACCUCGCAGUCCAAGGGCACCUUUGGCUUCAACGACAGCGACAACGUCGGCAAGCUCCACUUUGUCGCCGUCCAGGCCGCCCCCUCCUUUUCCAACUCCUUUCCCCAGAUCUUUGGCAGCCGGUCCGACGUGCCGUGCCUGAUCCCCUGCGCAAUCGACCAGGACCCGUACUUUCGCCAGACGAGAGACGUGGCCAACAAGCUCAAGUACCCCAAGCCGUCGCUGAUCCACGCCAAGUUCUUCCCGGCGCUCCAGGGCCCGCAGACGAAGAUGUCGGCGUCCAACGAGACGUCGAGCAUCUUUAUGAACGACACGGCCAAUACAAUUAAGAAAAAGAUCAACAAGUACGCAUUCAGCGGGGGUAAAGAGACGCUCGAGGAGCACAGACGGCUGGGCGGCGACCCAGACGUCGAUGUCGCCUACCAGUACCUCCUCUUCUUUGUCGAUGACGACGAGGAGAUGGACAAGCUCGCAAAGGCAUACAGGGCCGGCGAGGUGCUGAGCGGCGAAAUGAAGCAAAAGUGCAUCACGGUGCUCCAAAAGGUCGUCCAAGGCUUCCAAGAGCGCAAGGCAAAGGUCUCGGACGACGUCGUGCGCCAAUUCAUGGACAAGGACCGGAAAAUCGACCCGUCACCGCCCGAGCCAGGCUCGACGGCGAGCAAGCAGCACGAAGCAGCAGGCCGACAGACGACGGUGGACACCGUGUAGUAUGGAGCACUUAAAAUUCUCUAUCAUGUGCAAUUACAUUGUCUCAAUCAACGAAGCGAAGCAAGGAAACAGAGGAUCC